AUGGAUAGUGUUGACAUAAAAAACAUGAUAAUUAAAAACGUCUCUAAAUUAAAAUCGCUUGAUGUCAGCCUGGGUCGCAUCGGACUCAGUCACGAUCUCUCCCCAGAGCAGAAAAAGGAACUGAGGUCAAAGAUAGAGGAGGCAAGGGCAUUGGAAGCUUCUGACAAGGGUUUUUUAUACCGUGUAAGAGAUUUUGGUGUUCGCAGUCUGACGCUUGGGGCUAUUGAUGACGAUUAUUUGGAAUCAUCUCUCGACGGUAAUAAAUGUUUAAUGAUGAAAGGCACUGGCAAUGAUUUAAAUGAUAAUGUUAAUUUUGGUUGUUGUAAUGAUGGUCAUGGUCUUGAUGGUGGUGGUUAUUCGAUGGUCUGUGGUACUGGAAGCGAUCUGAACGUUAUUGGUAAAAAUGGUUGUGGUAAAGAUGAUGGUAGUGAUUGCGUAAUAACAAAUGGUACCGGUAAUGAUCGUAAUGAAAGUGGUGGUUUUAAUGAUCUUAAAAAAGUAGGUAAUAACAAUGUAAUGAAAGGUGGUGCUGUUGGUAGAAAUAUUGGUGGAAUUAAAAAUGAUCGGACUAAUAAUAACUUUUGUGUGGUUAAAAUAAAAUUGGGUUUACUAAAUAUAAGAUCGAUUGGCUUAAAGUACAACAUCAUUUAUGAUUUGAUCAGUGAUGGUUUGGAUAUUUUUGUUGUUACUGAAUCAUGGCAUGGUUCAUCAGAAAAUCCAUCCAUUACGUUAUCUACUCCUCCUGGUUACCGCUUUGUAGAUUUUGUAAGAGAUCACGACCUUCUCCAUGUUAGUCAGGAGUUUAUUUUGCUCGCUAUUUACAGACCGGGUUCUGCACAGCUGUCUGGAUUAUUUUUUAAAGAACUGAUUUCUAUUCUGGAAAACAUUACAGUACUCAGUUCUCGAAUUAUUUUAACCGGCGACUUCAAUGUGCACGUUGAAAAGACGAAUGAUCCUUAUGCUGCUAAUUUAAAUGAUAUCUUCGAUAAUUUUCAACUCAUCAAUCGUGUAAAAGCACCAACACAUUUACGUGGUGGUACACUAGACUUGAUAGUAACCUCCGAGAAUUUUCCAGUUCAUGAUUGUUUAGUCCAUCCAAAAAACGAUCAAGCAAACAAGAGCCAGCGUGCACGCACGUACAACUAUUUGCAAUGCAGAGCUCUGCCUGGUGUACAUGCUGCAUCUAAUUUUUUGAAGUUGUACAAUGUUUACAGAUGCCACUGGACGUCGACAAACAAAAAACUUAUUGCUUCGUUUGUGCAUGAUAUCGUUUGGAGUCCGUGCAUGUGCAAGUUUUUAUGUGACUCUUAUAUGCAUAUGCAUGCACAUGUAUGUGAUGUGGCAUGUUUAUGGUUUGAGGCUGUGUGUCGCAGGAUCGUCAGCAGGGUCACUGUUGUCGAUGGAGAUGUUGCGUUGCAGGGAUGGCACAGUUGCGUUGCUAUGCCGGAUUAUGCGGUGGGUGGUAGGAAAUCAGACUAA